AUGCUGACCAGGACUGCUGCAUCCCGAAGUUCAGCGGUGUUUUGGCGAACAGUUGCCCCAGGCUUCUGUCCUGGACAAGGAUACGCAGGGUGCUCGGGUCAAAGAAAGCGGGCAGCGCAGACCUGUACCCGAACUACAGCAGCCUCGUCAAAAGCUUCCAGUAAAACGUGGGUCUUUUCCGUGGCUUGGUCUGGCCAGCUGCUGGCGGUUGGCGUCCAGGACAGGAAGGUGCAGGUUUAUGACGACGAGCAGGACUACAGCCUCGUCGCAACCCUCACGGGCGCUACAAACGACAUUGAGUCCAUGGCUUGGUUUGGCCGGCUGCUGGCGGUCGGCGGCAAAGACUCUGCGGAUCUACGACGGCGAGCAGGACUACAGCCUGAUCAGAACUCUCGAAAACCCGCCCUACCAUGCCGUGUCCGUGGCUUGGUGAGGGCACACACUUCAACUGGGGCUUGUUGA